UCCACACCGAGUACGUAAGACUACGGCACAUGCAAAUAGUAUAGCAGGGGUUUCUGCGAGUGAAUGAAGCCAACGGUUGCGGCGCAGAGGUCCUACAAGCCUAGGUAAGUGAAUGAAACGCACCAAACCUACAUGUUGCACUGCCUUGCGGCUGCAUACCUCCUCGGUCAAAACUCUUGUAAUUAUCGGGCGAAUUUUAUGCCGAAGAGGUCUUAUCAAUAAGAUCCCAGAUAUUUAAACUGUUCUUAGACGCCUGAGAGCACAUCAUCCGACACAACCUCGCGAGCCAUAAUAGAUCAAACACGAGGACAAACCGACUUUUCGAUACGAUUCUCAAUUAAAAAACGGCCCUGCAGUUAUCAGAAAUUACCAACGCAGCCGAUUUUGCUGAAGUGGUCAAAGUCGAGCACAGAGCUUAUGCCAUGCCAGCAAACGGUCUAUGGGAAGUCCUCAAAGGUCCCAACAUGGACGAGUGUGCUGAGCGACCAUGGGCUUGGUAUAUGGGCACCCCAAACAGCCACUGGUUCACUGUAAAGGAUGGAAAUAAGGUAAUCAGUGGCGCUGAGUGGAUUGUCCAUGAAACAAAUCCAUUCGAAAAGCCACUUGGUGGCCAGAAGACGUUUUCCGACAAUUUCUCCGAGAUAUUCUUUGGAGGUCGCCCUUCAGUCAUGAAUCGUCCACACUUGCUCGGUCUGACAGUACUAGUCUUGAAUGAUUGCUUUAUAGAUCUAGAGCACCAUCGUAAAGGAGUAGGUAGCUUGAUGAUGCAAUGGGGUUGCAAACUCGCUGACAAAAAGGGACUCGAAGCAUUCGUAGAGUCUACUGAUGAUGGACGUGAAUUGUACAAAGCCCACGGAUUCGUCAUUGUUCGCCCUUUCUUCCUUGAGGUACCACCUGCCACAGAGGGCGAUGAAGAGGAGUUCGCGAACUUAAAAGAAGCCAUUGCGUCUAAGCCGUAUCGUGUUUGGCUCAUGUGGAUACCCAUGGGUGGAAAGUUUGAGGAGGGGAAGACAGUGUAUUCGUGGGAGAAUUAA